CUCGGGAGGCUCCCUCAAUGAGCUGGUUUAUACCCUACUUUCCUUCCUCCCCCAUCAAAGGAAUCCAAGAGGCUAGAGCAAAGAAAAAGAAGAGAAAGAAGACACAAAAAGCAAAUUAAAGUAUGCCCCUGUUGUAGACAAAAGAAGCUUUUUCCCACUUAGCCCAUCUGAUCAUCACAACCAUUCUACACACUUUCCUCCUCUUUAAAACCCCCUUAUUUUUCCUUCAUAGAUUCCUUCUCAUGAUCUAAACAGCAUAUAUAGUAGCUAGCAACAGAGAAAGAAACACAGAGAUUUCAAGUGCUUCAAAUAUUAUCCAAAAAUGUCCAAGUUAGUAGGUUCCUUCAUUUGUCUGUUGAUUGUGGCAAUGGAUAUCAUGGCUGGGAUUCUUGGCAUUGAAGCAGAAGUUGCACAAAACAAGGUGAAGCAUCUAAGGCUGUUUAUAUUUGAGUGUAAAGAACCAAGCAGCCAGGCUUUCAAGCUAGGUUUUGCUGCUGCAACACUUCUGGGUCUAGCCCAUGUCAUAGCAAACUUGCUAGGUGGCUGCAAUUGCAUUUGUUCUCAAGAAGAGCUCGAAAAGGCUUCCCCCAGCAGGCAACUCUCACUGGCCUGCCUCUUCUUCACUUGGAUCAUAUUAGCCGUGGGAUUGUCCAUGCUGGUGAUAGGGACUUUGUCAAACCACAAGUCAAGGGCUUCCUGCGGUUUCUCACACCCUCAUUUCCUGUCGAUUGGAGGGGUUUUGUGCUUUGUUCAUGGGCUGUUUUGUGUUGCAUAUUACAUUUCUACCACUGCCAUACAUAGUGAGUAAGAAGACAAGCUAUGGAGGCCAAGCUUAAACCCAGUGGUUACUUUACCAAUCCAUCUCUUUCAUGCUACAUGGGUGCUUCUGAUUUUCAAAAUGUAAUCACUUCAGAUGACAAUUGUGCCCUCUAGAAUGCCGUAUGAGACAAUGAUAUUACUAAUUUUUCUAUUCUUUUUUGGUAA